CUGGAAUAAAGUCCUGCCACGAACCUUGUGGUCUGGCCGCCAUGGCCUCAACACUUGCAUGUUGCUUCCCGCCACCCCACCAAUCCUACGUGGUGUCCAUCCCAACAUGGGGGCUGCAAGGGCUCUACGUUUACGCUGGACCGUUCCUCCUACCGUCUUGAUUGCCCUGGGCGGUGGAAUCCUCUACAACACUGGUGGUCGAACUCAGUCCAAUAAGCAAUUAUUGCUGCAGGCCGAGCCGAAAGCCUUCUUUUCGACAAGCUCAAAUCGGGUUCUUGAGAAUCGGUCGGAUAAAUCCUCCGAAAGCUCAGACUGGAGCACUUCGGGUCAUACGCAAAAUGGCGACGCCAGCUCCAUAUGGACGAAUGUCCUGCACAAGUUCGAAGGCGUAAAGCAGUCUGUCGGCUCCCCAGAUUGGAUUGAGUUUGAUAACAUCAAGAACUACAUCAUUCCUGACUGGACCCGAUUGCUCCCGUUGUCAGUGCAAAAGCUCCAGCGCGAGCUCUCCAUGGCGCCUGGCUCCCUUGCGGACGAUAUCUGGAACGAGGCUCAUGAUCCUGACCUCAAUCCAGAAAUCUUACGAAAGGCUAGGGUUCGUGUUGGGGAUACCCUUUGUAACGAAGAAUUGGCAUACAGGCAGAAGCGGCAAAAAUACGCGAUCAAGGCACUAGCCUCCUACCUUGACAUCCCCGAAGAUGACAUACAUCCGGACGAUGUACCUAUCAUUGCUAUGUGCGGCUCGGGAGGCGGGCUUCGCGCGCUUGUGGCUGGAACCGGCUCGUACCUGGCUGCCCAGGAAGCCGGCCUGUGGGAUUGUGUUACCUAUACUGCCGGUGUCAGUGGAAGUUGCUGGCUGCAGACACUGUACCACUCGUCCAUCACAGGACGGAAUUUUCCCAAACUGGUCGAUCACCUUAAGAACAGACUGGGAAUUCACCUAGCUUUUCCUCCGGCCGCACUCAAGCUUCUCACCAAUGCUCCCACAAAUAAAUACCUUCUCAGCGGGUUGGUGGAAAAGCUGAAGGGCGAUCCUGGUGCAGAUUUUGGCCUGGUGGAUAUAUACGGCAUGCUACUAGCUGCACGACUGCUGGUACCCAAGGGAGAAUUGGGGGUCUCAGAUAGGGACCUGAAAUUGUCGAACCAGAGGUACAACCUUGCCAACGGGGCUCAUCCGCUUCCCAUCUACACAGCUGUACGCCAUGAGAUCCCAGUGCUUGAGAGUCUAGAGAGCAUCAAGAAACAAGGCAAACCCGAAGACUUGAUAAAGGAGUCAAAAAGUGAGGCAUGGUUCCAAUGGUUCGAAUUCACACCUUAUGAGUUUUUCUGCGAGGAGCUCAGCGCGGGUAUACCGACGUGGGCUCUGGGAAGACACUUCCACGGUGGAGUAAACGUUAAGCCCGAGGAGAUAUCCCCCAUCCCUGAACUACGUGUUUCUGCCUUGAUGGGAAUCUGGGGUAGUGCUUUCUGUGCUACCCUAUCUCACUAUUACAAGGAAAUACGCCCUGUCAUCAAAGGUAUCACAGGCCUUGGAGGCAUAGAUUCUCUUAUCCAAGGCAAGACCAAGGAUCUUGUUCGAGUCCACCCGAUCGACCCGGCCACCAUACCGAACUUCGUGCUGGGCAUGAAAGAUCAGCUGCCACCGUCCUGCCCUGAGUCGAUUUUCCAAAGUCGACAUCUCCGGCUCAUGGACGCAGGAAUGAGCAACAAUCUCCCCAUCUACCCACUACUCAGACCAGGCAGAGACGUAGAUGUCAUCGUCGCCUUCGAUGCGUCGGCGGAUAUCAAACGAGAGAACUGGCUCUCCGUUGUGGACGGCUACGCCCGCCAACGAGGGGUGAAAGGUUGGCCGAUAGGAGCCGGCUGGCCCAGAGAAGACGAGCUAGUCAAGAAGACAGAAGAAGCGCUCCGUCAGCCCCAGAACAUCUCCCAACAAGAGCUAGCCAACAAGAUGGCUGAAGCCCAGGACAAGAGCAAGUCCGGUUCUCAGGGGGGAACAACCAACUACAACUCCCCAAACAUCACCGCAAAGGACGGUCGUCACCCCACAGAUCUCGAUUACUGCAACGUCUGGGUCGGCACCACCCAAGAAAUGCUCUCAGGCAAGGAACCCCCGCCGUCCAAACGCCUAUUCCAUCCCCAUGACGCCGACCACUCCGAAUCCGACUUCCACCUCAUGCGACCCGACGCCGGCAUCGCCGUCGUCUACUUCCCUUUACUCCCCAACCCAUCCGCUCCCGCACUCCCCUCCAGCUCAUCUCUAUCUAAAUCCCGCACCCCGGCCCGCAAAUCCGAAAACACUUCCUCAGCCGCCGUCUCCGACCCGGCCAAGCCCCUCACCCCGUAUCCCGGAUCCAUCGAUCCCGACGUAGACGACUUCCUCUCCACCUGGAACUUCGUCUACACGCCCGAACAGAUCGACUCCGUGGUCGGACUCGCCAAGGCCAAUUUCGCCCAGGGCGAGGACCAAGUGAAGCGCGUGGUGCGGGCAGUGUACGAGCGCAAGAAAACGGAUCGAUUGCAGCGCGAGGAACAAGAUACCCGGCGGCGCAUGGAGGGCUUCGUCCCGCUAUAGAUGCGACAACCCAUUGGCAUAUUCCGUGGCGUGGAGUAAUCCAUUUAUCAUUGGAGUUCUGAAUUAAGAGACGGGAGUUAAUACUACAGGAGCAAAACGUAAUGUAGAUGCUUGUUUAUUUAGAUAUCUUGUUUUGAAAUAUGAUGAUAUGAUCAGCUGCUCUCCUUUUCUUGUUUCCCUACCUUGCUUCCUUGAUCAACUUCUAUACCUCAUGCGCGUCUUACCAAGAUCUGGUUGUUGCAUCGUCUUCCAUUGCUUUACUUCAUUA